UUCAGCCUUUGCAUGGGCUUUAUCUUUAUUGCUGCCCAGUCAGCCUUGUCCUUCGAUACGGGGCUCAUGUGAUGGCCUCACAUACGGGGGACUAAACGCGAUCUUAAUGCAAAGCUGCCAAAUUCAGCACUCCAGCAGCUGAGACACAACAAUUCGGUCAUUUGGGAGUCAGCCAUUCCUAAGGGUAAGUAAGCAUAUAAGGCCCUUACUCUCAGGGGCCAUUCUUUCGCAAUGGCCACACCAGCCGAUACCCAAUCUAAAAGUCGCAGUGAAUAUACUGUAGGACGGAUUUGCGCGCUUCCCAAGGAGCAGACUGCGGCAAUGGCCAUGCUGGACAAGAAGCACCUAGAUCUACCCCAACCAUCCAACGACCACAACAUAUACACCCUAGGAUCCAUCGGCAAGCACAACAUCGUUAUAGCCUGUCUACCGAAAGGCAGGUACGGCACUAAUUCAGCCGCAACUGUCGCUACUCAGAUGGUACGGACAUUCCCAUCCAUUAAAAUUGGCCUCCUGGUUGGCAUUGGCGGCGGCAUCCCACCUAAGGUCCGACUCGGUGAUGUAGUGGUUAGCACACCCGUGGGUGGAUUUCCAGGUGUAGUCCAGUGGGACAUUAGCAAGACAAAGGACGGCAACUUCGAGCGGACAGGGUCGUUAAAUAAUCCACCAACAUCACUUCUCACUGCCUUGACGAAGCUGGAGACGGAGCAUGACUUGAAUGGGACAAAAAUACCUGAGUUUCUGGACGAGCUAAAGCUGAAGUGGCCAAGGCUGGCACCAAGGUAUCUAAAAUGUGAUUCCUACGAGGACCCUUUGCACAUUCACGAGUUCCAUCAUAGCCAGAGCAGAUGGAAAACCAUAUUGACUCUCUGGGAGAUGAUCUUGGCACUUGUCACAUAUCUGUUAGGGUGGCGGGAGUUUACUCCCAGCCAAAGUAGGCCCGAGCAAGUGGCAAGCAAUGCACGAGAUAAACUCGACCGUGAGUUUGGCGGUCACAUUCUUUGCGUCGAGAUGGAAGCAGCGGAACUUAUGAACAACUUCACAUGCAUCGUCAUUCGAGGAAUCCGUGAUUAUGCAGACUCACACAAGAAAAAGGAAUGGCAAGAACAUGCUGCAACUGUAGCAGCGGCGUUUGCAAAGGAGCUGCUAGAAUAUGUGCAACCGUCUGAUGUUGAUGAGGAACGUCCAGUGAAGAGAUUUCUUGGCCAAAGUUAGUGGGUUUCAACCUGUCUUGUCAGAUGAAUAUCAGGCUUCUAGUAGAAUAUUGAAUAAACAGCAAUAUGUC